ACAAGCAUGGUGUCCAAACUAGGGUGGGAGAGUGGUCAAAUAAGCCGUAUUUUACUCAAAGAGAAGGCAUUGUCUUGGUUGUUCUGUAGGCCACUAAAUUGCAGAUUGAUUUUGUGACCAAGCACGGUGUGGACACAGCCAAGAAAUGAAUCCUCCUAUUCAGCUACCGCUGGCCGAUAGUGUGCUUUCUGAAGUCGUCAAGCAAUCGAAAGACUGUGCUUUGUCGCAUGGUUUCUGCUUUAGAACAGCAGCCAACCCCAGCUCCUCAGACACUGUGAAUUUUGCGCCCCAUUCUCUGUUACCUUCACCGAUACCAAGGAAGUACUUUGAUGAACUCUGUGAAGUCCAGCAGCAUUUCAAUCUCCUGUUUUAUCGCAUAAGCUUAGACUAUGACUUUAUCAGAGAAAUGCUGAAAAAUGCCGCGGUGUCAGAUGAUUUUACCAGCAGAUUAUUGGAGAUCCUAGAGACGGUGUUAAAGGAAGGUAUUGUCAGUGCUGGAGUUUUAGCACUUUUACGGUCGGAUUACAUGCUAGAUGGUACGACAGAUGAAAUGCUUCCGAAGCAAGUGGAAAUAAAUACGAUAGCCAGCAGUUUAGGAUGUGUUACAUCACAUCUGACACCUGUACAUAGAUAUAUUAUGCAACUUCUUGGAAAAUAUGAUGUAGAGAAGUCACUCCCAGACAAUACUCAUGUAGAAGAAUAUUCCAAAGCAUUUGUGAAAGCAUGGGAAGUUUAUGGCACACCAAAAGCGGCAAUAUUCUUUGUUGUUUCUUCAAAAGAAAGAAAUAUAUUUGACCAGCGAAUAUUGGAGUUUGGAAUUAAGAAGGAAAAUUUUGACAUUCUUGUUAAGAGAGUUACCUUAUUAGAAAUUGGUUCCAAUGGAAAACUCAAAGACGACCGGCGGUUAAUAAUUAAUGGUAUUGAAGCAGCUGUGGUAUACUAUAGAAAUGGAUAUGUUCCUUCACAUUUUACAUCAGAUAUUGAAUGGGAUGCAGUUUUGAUUGCAGAGAGGUCGCGAGCCUUCUGUUGCCCGAAUGUUUCUUUACACUUGGCUGGCACCAAGAAGAUCCAACAAAUCUUGGCUAAGCCGGGAGUAGUCGAGAGAUUUAUAUCUGAUGCUGAUGCGGUGAAGGCUAUUAGGGCCAGAUUCGCUGGCCAAUACUCACUGGACGUUGGCCCAGAUGGAGAUGAAGCUAUUGCCAUGGCAAUUGCCUCACCUGAAAAAUUUGUGAUGAAACCCAACAAGGAAGGAGGAGGUAAUAAUAUUUAUGGUGUUGAUAUUCGUAAAAAGCUUCUUGAAAUUCAAAACUCGGAAGAGAGAAAUUCCUACAUCUUGAUGGAGCGGAUGAUCCCAGUUCCCACCCAAGGCUAUAGAGUAGUACCGUCAGAAGCCCCUAGGCUUCUUCCUAUGGUUUCAGAAUAUGGAAUGUUUGGAACGCUUGUUAGUGAUCAAAACGGUGUGCUGUUGAACGAGUAUGCUGGACAUUUGGUACGUACCAAAGUCAUCGGAGUGGAUGAGGGCGGUGUAGGUGUUGGAGCUUCGGUUCUCGAUACACCUUAUUUGUUUUGAACUUUCGCUAACAACAGUACUAAAGUAAAAUUAUGGCAUGCAGGAAUCCCAAGUUAGAAAAUGCCACUUAGUGGAGAUCUAGUUUAAUAAGCUAUCUGAACACAUUUUGAGCCCUGUUGAGAUAGUAUUUGGUCAAACUAACCAUGUAUGUUUGACCUAAAAAGCCAGUGUAAAAAACUUUUUGUUAGAUUUAACAAAGUGUGCGGUAAGUUUAACACGUUUGCUGCCAGAGACGUGAGAUAAUGUCUGACAGGGUUCAGUCAGGGCACUGGGAACUCAAGUUCACGUCCACACCUGUCAAACAUAAAUAACAACAAUAAAUACUGUAUGUUUGCUCCUGUUUCGCUACAGUUGAUAGAAAUGAUUUUUAUUAUGGUGGUGCCCUUUAUGCCUUGGCGUAUGGGAUGAAACUAGGACAAAAGGCUUGGCAGUCAACGUGUUUAACAUAGUGUUUUACGCCCUUGAAAGAAAUGCAGUUUGUAUUUGAAUCAGAAAAGCGGCAUUAUGUGCAGCUUAAAUGAUUUAUCACACAUUUUUACACCCAAAUAUUUGAAUGUUUUACUGUGAAUUUGCACCAAUAUUAAUACUACUCAUAGGAAAUUUGAGUUCCCUGUAUUUUAAUGAUAUUGUAUGGUGACAUAAGGCUGAAAUGUUUGGUUUUACUAGUUGGGGAUCAGGAUUUGAGAUGGUUGGUUAAGGCCUUGUAACUGGUUUAUGGGGUAGGCAUACUGGUUCAAAAAAGGUCUAAAUAAACCUGUUCUAUAUGUUGAGAAGGGGAUCGCAAUGGAUUUUGGAUGUGGGUGACUAUGUAUACCUGCCAACUUUGCUGACUGAUGUGCUAGACAAAAAAAAAUUAUAUAACGGCCUCUAUGCAAAAUCACGAAAUAUAGUGCCCUCUGUGUUACUAUUUUAAAAUUUGUAAUGCGGAACUGCUACUGAAUACAACAGGCCUGGAUUAGGUUAAAAAAAAAAAUGUGUUGGCCACAUUCACUUUUUUUUUUCAACCAAAUAUGUGUUUACACCUAAAAAGUAGAAAAAUAUUAGCUUUGUUAAAAGAACUUAUAUGGCCUGUAUUCACAUUUUAAUGGCAAAUUCACUCCAUUUUUAUGAAUUUUGGGGUAUAAUCGGCCUAUACAUUUUAUCUUUCAUAAAAUUGAUGCGCGAGAUAAUACAAUGUAAGCGUGUGACGUAAGAAGAUGAUGCUCAUGCAUGAGACUCGGCAGGUAUAACUACGUAACCCCUAUUUUUAUGCAACUCAACUGUUAAAAUGAAAUAUAUAACAAUUUAAGGAGAAUUUUAUUUGAAAUUUUUAAAUGCUAAAUGUCAUACUGUACAUUUAGUGGAGUACAAUAGAGACAAUGUAAAAGCGUGGAACCUCAUACUUCCCUGCAUAGGGGAUCUUGUACCACACACCCCACCCCCCACCCUUCCUUUAUGGUCACUUAGGUACGCCACUACUUGGACAUGUAUACAUUGCAAGUGAAUAAUUAUCAUUAAUAUAUAGAAAGUUUUAUUUAAUUAAAUUUGAAUAUAUAUUUUCACUAAACUAAUU